UUUAACCAUUCCAACGGUCAAAAUUAGCGGUUCCCGAUCGUUAAACGAGUUCUAGUCAACCCACGAAAAACAUAUAUUUUGGGCUUGUGAUAGUUUGACGCAAAUUCGAUUUUAAAAUAGUCGCCAAGCGUAGAAUUCUUUUGAUCGGUAUUUUCUGGAAAACGAUAUUUCAGCGUUUUCCUGUGGAUGAAACAAUGUUUAAAGUUUUACUCAUGUUCGUUCUCGUAAAUUGUCAUUUAUCUUGUUGCUCCUUUGAGGACGAAGAGUUCAUCGAAAAAGUCCAGGAAGGACAUUUCAACAUGAAAUGCGAGAAAAUGUACGGUCACCCGUUGCCGAUGAAUGUUACCGGGAUCAAGGGAAGCCUUCGUCCUUUCAGCUGUGGGAACAAGUGUUUAAAUUGCAAGUCGCCAUUCAAGUUUCAUGCAACAACUGUGAAAGACUGUAAAGCUGAAUGCAAUCAAACUAGCAGUGGUGACCCGUGUGAACAAGGAUGCGAGUUUCUUCACAGCGUUAUUAAUUCAGGUAAUCGACCGAGUGGGAUCCAGUAUGACACAAGGAACGUCACUUCCAGAGGACCGUACCUUUUCUGUCGCACAUCACGAGAGUUAUUGGUCAACUUUGAGUUUCGUCUUGUCAGUGAGAUUGCUGUUGAAUUUGAGCCCGUUACCUUUAUUAUCUUUCUAAAGUUGAACAAAACGCAAGAUUGGUCGAUGUUUAAACUGUCUUCAGAGUUGCCAUUCCAUGCAAGUGGUCUUUAUAAAGGCUUUAAAAUUCAACUAGCUUUUGCCAUAAUAACAUCAAAGGGACUGCAAUUUGUACCGGAUUCUAAAGAAUUCCGCCAUAUUGGAAAAUGGAUGUCGACGUUGAGUGAUGAAAAUCUUAUAGACCCUCCCAGGGACGUUCGUGUCAAUUUGAAAGCAUCAGGUGACAAAUUUGAGGCGCAUGUGACUUGGCGUGUGGCGCCGCACAGCAAAACAUGUGACUACAUGAUUGACUGGCGAGCUGAUGACGCAGAUCACUGGGACAGUAAAAAAUUUAACCUCGAACGAGAGAAGCACCAUAUAGACACAAAGAUGCAUUGUGUACUGCAAGGUUUAUUACCAAAGGAGAAUUACACUAUAGACAUCAUAUCUACAACUUCUGAUGACAAAGAAAAUAAAAGCACCGUCUAUAUUGCAACACCUCCUCUGGAAUGCUUCAAUGACACUGGCUUUUACACCUGCGAGCUAGGGCCACCGGAGAACUUGACCUUGGUUAAAGUCAAACACCUGUCACGCAAUACGUCAAAAGCUAUGGUCAAGUGGUGGCCACCACGUAAGAUAUCCUCUACAGAUCAUGUACAGGAAUACAGAUUAGCGUGGAGAAAGAUCCCCAUCCUUAGAGGACAA